CGGAGGCGGGACUUCCGGCCCCGUGGAGGCACAACUUCCGGGAGGAGGCGGAAGAGGCUCUGAGGGCUGCACUACAGAGCCCCGGGAUCACGGAGGGGCCACCCGGAAAGGGCAGCUGGGGCUGGCCAGCCUCACUCGGGGUGUCGGGGUCUUGGGCUUGAGGGAUGAGGAGCUGCCAUGGCCAGCGACGGGGCCAGGAAGCAGUUCUGGAAGCGCAGUACCAGCAAGGUCCCGGGCAGCAUCCAGCAUGUGUACGGAGCCCAGCACCCACCCUUUGACCCCCUAGUCCACGGCACCUUGCUCAAGUCCACACCCAAGGUGCCGACCACCCCGGGGAAGGCCAAGAGGGUCAGCACCUUCCAGGAGUUUGAGAGCAACACCAGCGAUGCCUGGGACACGGGGGAGGAUGGCGAUGAGCUGCUGGCCAUGGCGGCCCAGAGCCUGAACACCACGGUGGUCAUGGAGACGGCCCACCGUGUCCUACGUGACCACAGCCAGCGGCAGGGCUGGCCGGAGCCUGAGCCAGUGGCAGAACCACCCGCAGCCCCAACUGGUGACCUCCGGCUGGUGAAGUCAGUCAGUGAGAGCCACACAUCCUGUGCUACAGAAAGUGCCAGUGACCCAGUCCCUCUGCAGAGGUCCCAGUCCCUCCCACCCUCGGCCACCGUCACGCUGGGCGGAACGUCCAGCCCCAGCACCCUGGGCAGCUUGGCGCUGAGUGAGAGAGAGGCCUCCCGGCUGGACAAGUUCAAGCAGCUGCUCGCGGAGCCCAACACCGACCUGGGUGAGUCCCUGUGCGGCCCGGUGAGGUGGCGAGCGGGGCACGCACUGGACUAUGGGGCGCCCUGUGCCUGGGUGGCCGUGGCCAGAGGCUUCCAGCAGAGGGCAGCAGGCAACUCCUUCCUGGUGGCUGUGCAGGGGGCCUCAGACUGCGUUCUCCUCUGUGUGCCUACGUGGCCAGGCCCUGACAUUGCAGCCCGUGCAGCACAGCGCAACAGCAAGGUGCAGCAAGUUGUGCCGAGUUGGUCAGUGCAUGGCGCGGGUGUGUGCCUGGUGUGUCAGCGUGCUCAUAGCAAGUCCAGGGAGCUCUGCUUCGACGCAGUGAAUGAGAAGAAGAACCUGGGUUUUGAGGGGAAGGACGUGGUCCUGUGCUGCGCGUCCUUCCUCUGCGAGGAGCGGGUGACUGAGCGUCCCGAGAGCUGGCCUGCUGUGUGUGCACUGCUGGAGCACCCGUCUGUGGCCGAGCCUGGAGCGGAGUUUCCUCGUCCGGUGACCACCCAGCACAAGUCUGCCUGCCUGCUUCCUGUUGUCUUCUGUUUUGCUCUUGUUUGUCCUUGGGUUUCUCGUGUGAGAGAAGCCGUGCGGUACUUGGGCACGCGUGUCCGCCUUACGUCCCUCCCACGGCUGCGAGCCCCAUGUCGCUCACUCCCUGUCGUGGCCCUGGGGAGCAGUGAUCACACACACGGAUUUAUUUGCUUUUCUCUCUCCCAGGGUUACCUUCCUGCCAAUGUCGACCGGAGACCAGCCACCCUCCAGAGAAAGCAGAAAGAGUAUUUUGCUUUUAUUGAACACUAUUAUGAUUCCAGGAAUGAUGAAGCUCAUCACGACACAUACCGACAGAUCCACAUAGACAUCCCUCGGAUGAGCCCCGAAGCGUUAAUUCUUCAGCCUGAGGUGACGGAGAUUUUUGAAAGGAUCCUGUUUAUAUGGGCGAUCCGCCAUCCUGCCAGUGGAUAUGUUCAGGGGAUAAAUGACCUGGUCACUCCUUUCUUUGUUGUCUUCAUCUGUGAAUACACAGAGGAGGACGACGUGGACACACUUGAUGUCUCCCGCGUGCCUGUGGAGGUGCUGCGCAACAUCGAGGCCGACACCUACUGGUGCCUGAGCAAGCUGCUGGACGGCAUCCAGGACAACUACACCUUUGCCCAGCCUGGGAUUCAGAUGAAAGUGAAGAUGUUGGAGGAGCUGGUGAGCCGCAUUGAUGAACCUGUCCACCAGCACCUGGACCAGCACGAGGUGCGCUACCUGCAGUUUGCCUUCCGCUGGAUGAACAACCUGCUCAUGCGGGAGCUGCCGCUGCGCUGUACCGUCCGCCUGUGGGACACCUACCAGUCGGAACCUGAGGGCUUUUCUCAUUUCCACUUGUACGUUUGCGCUGCUUUCCUCGUGAGAUGGAGGAAAGAAAUACUAGAAGAAAGAGAUUUUCAAGAGCUGCUCCUCUUCCUGCAGAACCUGCCCACCGCCUGCUGGGGAGAUGAGGACAUCAGCCUGCUGCUGGCGGAGGCUUACCGCCUCAAGUUUGCCUUCGCUGACGCCCCCAAUCACUACAAGAAGUGAGCCAGGCCUCACUGUGGGGCCGGCGCCCUCCCUGCCUGGCCAGCUGCAGGCCUCUCUGAGCUGGCCCCAGCCACACACUGCCUUGUGGCUGCCCAGCCAGGGUGGGUCCGGUGUGUCCUCCUGCUGGUGGGAAUGGGUGGCCCCAGUUUUACGAGUUACCAAAGAGAGCCAGGGAUGGAUCCCAGCUUUGGGAGCCAAAUGUAUGUCAGGAGCCCCCCUGUUCUGUCCCUGGAGUGUCCUUGCCAAAUGCCCUCCCUGGACCCCUGACGUGGAACAGCCAAGAGGCAGCCCCAAAGAGUGGCCUGCUGUUAGCUGCCAGGCAGGGUUACAGGGGCCAGCUCAGUCCUGCUCUGCAGAGACUCCUCUGCUGGGGGGGGGGAGGAUCAAGUGCAGGCUAGGUGCUGGGGUGCGGAGGGUGAGCUGGGCUCUGCGCCUGAGCUGAUUGCUUUCUGGGCUAGAAGCUGACCUUGGGUGACCUGGAAGGCAGGGACAGGAGGCUGAGAGCAGAGGAGGCCACGCACAGCUGCCUUACCUUCCAUUUGUGCUCACCUUUGAGAGAGCUCCUGGGCCACUGCCUGUCCCUCGUGGUCACUCACACAGCCCACUGUGGGUCAGCAUUGUCCUUAGCAGGGCCCACAUGGGGCCGUGGAUACACAGGGUAACCUAAGUGAACUCCCCCUGCCACUGCCCUCUGUGCCAGGUCCCCAGGGCUUUGCAGGUGGCUGUUCUGUUCCGCCUCCCCCACGUCCUCCCAGAGUGUUGUGGCUGUGUGAGCCUUCAUGACUCAGGUACUGUGGGGAGGUGUCAGACACAGGCUCUGCAACCCUGGUGGGGCAGCCUCCUGUCCUCAGCAGCCUGCUGUGACUGCUCUGAGAUGCUGUCCUUUCUUGAGGAGCAGCUCUGCCCUUGCCCAGGCUCCAGGAGACCCCCUAGAGGCCGGGGCCCCAGAUGUGUGCAAUGUGUGUGUCCUUGCUCCCGUGACAGUGGUCUCUGCUCACUGCGCGUGGCAGGAGGUUGGCACAGCGCUCUGUGCUGGUGCCCUAUGCCCCAAGACGGCGGCGGGCCAUGUGCCUGCAGCCAGGUAGAGCUCACGCCUCCCCCCAUCUCCCUCCAGUUCAGGGUUCCUUCCAGAGCACCUCCCGCUAGGGAUAAGGAAGUGGCUCCAUGGCUCUGUGUGUGCAAGCCCCAUCUCCUUCCCAGAAUCUGCUCCGCUUGGACUCAUAUGUGUCUGCGCAGCCAGAGGCUGGAGACACUGCAGGCCUGCCUCUGGUGGUAGUGUAUUUUCCAAUGGGGAAGGACCCAUGUGCUUAAAUUAAGCCCUGUGCAUUUCCCGUGUGCAAACACCAGGUUGGGUGUGGGGACACCGGCAGAAGUCCCAGGUCUGAGCAGGUGACUGGAGUGUGUCUGCAGUGUGAUGUGUGGGACGAGGAAAUAAAGACGCAUUGAUGCA